AAAUCUUUCACCGGCCUCCCCCUUGCCGUUGACGUUUCCGGCAGCACUGCACAAUUCGAAACCCCCUCCCACACUCCCCUCCCCUCCCUUCCGUGCCUAGGCGGCAACGCUUCCCCUCUCUCCUUUAUAACCCACCGGCCCCUCCCGCGUGAGGGUAGAAGCGCAGCGCAGCCGAGCCGAGACAGACGAACCGUGCCGAGCCCUUCCUCCCUCCUCCGGGCUUCCCUCCGACAGCGGCGGACAUGGAGGCGGAGAAGAAGCCGCCGGUGGUGUCCGACCUGGGCGCCUGGGGGAUGAACGUCGUCAGCUCCGUCGGCAUCAUCAUGGCCAACAAGCAGCUCAUGUCCUCCGCCGGCUACGCCUUCUCCUUCGCCACCACGUUGACCGGCUUCCACUUCACCGUCACGGCGCUGGUGGGCUGGAUUUCCCGGGCCAGCGGCUACUCCGCCUCCAAGCACGUCCCGCUCUGGGAGCUCGUCUGGUUCUCGCUCGUCGCCAACACCUCCAUCACCGGCAUGAACCUCAGCCUCAUGCUCAACUCCGUCGGAUUCUACCAGAUUUCCAAGCUCAGCAUGAUCCCCGUCGUCUGCCUCAUGGAGUGGGUCAUCAACAGCAAGCACUACACCACCAAGGUCAUAUCCGCCGUCGUCGUCGUCGCAGCGGGCGUCGGGAUUUGCACCGUCACCGACGUCGAGGUCAACGCCAAGGGCUUCAUCUGUGCCUGCGUCGCCGUCUUCUGCACAUCGCUUCAGCAGAUUACAAUUGGCUCCUUCCAGAAGAAGUACAGCAUUGGGUCAUUUGAGCUGCUGAGCAAAACUGCACCGAUACAGGCAGUGUCACUUAUUAUACUGGGCCCAUUUGUGGAUUACUACCUCAAUGGACAAUGGCUAUUUAACUACAGCUUUUCAACGGGGGCAACUUUCUUCAUACUGCUUUCAUGCUCCUUGGCUGUCUUCUGCAACAUGAGCCAGUACCUCUGCAUCGGCCGGUUCUCUGCAACCUCCUUCCAGGUCCUAGGCCACAUGAAAACCGUGUGUGUGCUGAUCCUCGGCUGGAUUCUGUUCGACUCGGCUCUCACCAUCAAGAACAUACUGGGGAUGUUGCUGGCCAUUAUGGGCAUGGUAGUCUAUAGCUGGGCCAUGGAGUCUGAGAAGAAGGCCACCGCCGCAAUCCCACGGAACAAGAGCGACAUGCUGGAUGGUGAGGACGUGCCCUUGACCUUGAAGUCCAGACUGAGCGGGGUGCCAUCUGAUGAGCUUGACCUCGAGGAUGGCCCAAUGAAGAGCUAGCCUGUCAGCAUUAUUCAUUGAUUCUUCUUGGUUCUUUUGUACUAUGUGUUUAAUCCGCAUUGUUGGCCGGAGUCCUCAAAGCUAUCGACACUUCUUGUUAAUUUUGCCUCUUGCUGAGGGGUGUUCAUCAUAGGUGAUGACGACCCUGGCGUCUCGACGUAGAUGACCACUUAGAAAAAUUUGUCAAGGCCGAUAUGGGCCGGAGCCAUGUCAAAUCGUGAUGGCCUGUUGUUAUAGAUGAUGACAAUACUUAUAUAAUGCAAUACAGGUGUUCCACCGUUGUAGGAUCCA